AUGCAACGCUGCCACGCCCGAGCGGCGGUACUCGUUCUCGCAGCAUUUCUCAUCGUACACGAGUGGAAACACCAAAUAACACGAGUGGAUGCUGACAUUGUCUCUCGGACAUGCGUAGAUGGAGUCCCCUGUCGGAUUCAUGACGUCGACGCGCAUGGGUGGUUCGUCGGAGCGAGGGCUUCCCCGCUAUUCGGAGCGCAAGACGUCCAAAAUAGCCAGCAGAACGCUCUAGACGUCGCAAAUGUCUACGCCCAACGAGCUGCGCAGCAAGUGGCCGUCGCCUCUACACAGCAGGAGCACAGGAAACCUCGAUUCCAGCUGAAUAAAACGGAUUCAGCAAUUGAAAUGGACUUGGAGCCGUCAGUUCAGAGCUCGUUUGCGCCCAUGGGAUGGGUAGACCCACGACUCCGCGGCGGACGGAUGGUUGAUUUUACUCUCCCUGGUCGAGGCGAGCCACUCAACGCAAUCAUCUCCGGUCUCUCCGAUCCAUACAUCCUCACCACCCGUGGUCUCUUGCACUACGCCCAAACAAUCGGAUUCUCGACAGAAUGUCUAGGAAUUCACAUUGGAACACUGCACAUCGCCAACCUAGGCGACUCGAUUCCACACACGAAUUCGACACUCCACACCACAGGCCUACCAUCGUCCGACGAUGACCCAGAUGCGGAUCCGUUCCCGCAUCAGGGAGGGAAUAAGACGGAGCAGCUGCUGGCUAGGCAGAAUUUUGAUUGGCCGUUGUAUGGCUGGCCGGAUUAUGGAACCUGUUGGGAGAGUCUGGUCGGAGGCAAUCAUUUCCGUGCGUGGAAGCAGGAUGGUGCGGGUGCGCGAACAGGGGCGUGGUUCCUAGCUGUCUCCAAGGAGCUAUGGGCAGGCGCACAUCACGAUAUCCAGCAGGAUGGGUACAAUGCUGGACGAGAACAUCUUGUUAUGCGAGCAUUGAAGCCGACAAGGUGGAGUCCUAUAAGCGAAGGGAUAUGGUGGAAGACGGAAGUUGUCUACAACACCACCCUUCUUGCGCCAGGAAAACAAGGUAUCAACCACGGCAUCCCACAAGACGGCAAAGUCGCCAUACUCACCGUCCGACGACGCGAAGGUCCACCGAGUUAUGAAGAACUCGAGGCUGCGUGGGGACACGUUGCGCGUUCCAGUAGCUCGUGGGAUGCAGAUCACCGUGCGGAUAGGAGGCGUGGGCAGUGGGAGCUCCAGACUGUUGGCGUCGAAGGGGAUAUCUCACCCCUCAUGAAGCUAGUCGCCCUCCUCGGCACCUUUGGGUUCCUCGUCGUAAACGUCGUGGCUCAGACAUGUCAAGCCUCGCUCGAAAACUUUGGGAUUUCCAUAGUUCCAGUCGACGUUACCUCUCCUCCUGUACGCGCCUCGCUCCUUCCAACGAACGCGAGUAACACCUUUAAUCUGGGCACUUGUGCAUCCUGUUCUAGUCUGUCGGUCCCACGCUGGGACCUCCGAGGCAACGAGCUCACGACCAUAUCGUUCAAUUUUGGGCGCCGAAUUAUGAACAAUCUCGUCCUCCCCAAUAAACCUCUCUCUUUCGGCAGCCAGUUUGACAAAGGUAGCACUACAAAGGCAUUCCUCGCGGCAGGCGGCAAUACCGGUUCCUUCUUCUCCUGCGAAAACCUCUCCCCUCAGCUAGCAGGUACCGGCGCGUUUGAUAUCUGGUACGCCGUAAACGCGACCGAUGCGUUUACACCGACGAGGGGGAAAUGUACCCCUGUUACCCUGGUCGUAACUCCAAACUAA